CAAAUGUUAAAUGAAAAUGGACAUCCUUUAUGGAGGUCAACACCUCCUAGAAAUGGCCAACAAGAUGAACAAAAAACAAACGUUCAACCUAGCGGUUCUCCUACCUUUUUACCUACAGAAUUUAAAAUUGGUGGAAACGCUGGGGCACCUCUCACACGUGCUGAGAAUCCUGAUGGAAAAAAGGUGAUCUCGAAUGGUUGUUCAAGGAUACAUCGGAUUUUAACGGAUGAGGAGAGGUUUCGAGGAUGUAAAACACGUUGGACAGAACUCGAAGUUCACGGACGUGUCAAAAACAUUUCGUCUGGUUUAUUUGAAAUGCGCCAUUUAACAGCUCUUUUCCUUGGAAAUAAUCAACUUCAAGUAAUACCUUCUGGAAUUUCACAACUUUGUAAUCUUACUUUGUUGGACCUUUCACACAACAAAAUACGAAAUCUACCUAAAGAGAUUGGAGAUAUGAUUUCUCUCUGCCAUCUCUAUUUAAAUUCAAAUCAGUUAAGAGUGUUACCUUAUGAACUGGGGAAGUUAUUUCGGUUGCAAACUUUUGCAUUGGCACACAACCCUCUUUCUCCAGAAAUCAGCAAAAUUUAUCAAGAUUUAAAUGGAGACAAGAAAUUAUUGCAAUAUUUAUUAGAUCAUCUUGCUUUAAAUAUUAUUCCGCCUCCAGAACGAAAUUGGAUUGCAGCUAGAAAUAUUGAUCCGGACAAACCUAUUGCUACAUUUACCAUUCUUUGUUACAAUGUUUUGUGUGAUAAAUAUGCCACUUCAAAUCUCUACUCUUACUGCCCACAAUGGGCACUUAAUUGGGAGUGCAGAAAACAAUACAUCCUCAAAGAGAUUUUCAAUUAUAGCGCUGAUAUAAUUACAUUACAGGAAGUUGAGACUGAGCAAUUCAAAACUUUAUUUCAACCAAAGCUGGAGGUGGAAGGAUAUUCUGGCGUAUUUUACCCAAAAUCACGGUCAAAAACUAUGAAUGAAGAAGAAAAAAAGUAUGUCGAUGGAUGUGCAAUUUUUUGGAAGAAAGACAAGUUUGAAAUGGAAAGAAAUCAACCAAUUGAAUUUACAAAAGUAGCAAUUGAAAAAGCACAAGCACAUGAAAAUAUGCUUAAUCGAGUAAUGCCUCGUGACAAUAUUGCUUUGGCAGCUGUUUUGCGUAUUAAAGACAACCUUUAUGGACCUCAUCGAGUACCUCCUAACACAAAUGAUAAUGUUAGCGGAAGUCUUUUGGUUGUCUGUACAGCACAUAUUCAUUGGGAUCCAGAAUUUUGUGAUGUAAAAUUAAUUCAGUCAAUGAUGUUAGUUCACGAAUUGCAAAAAUUGUUGGAUAUUGUUGCCGUAAAAUAUAGUUUAAAUGUUCAACAGAUUCCUGUUUUGAUAUGUGGAGAUUUUAAUUCUUUACCUGAUUCUGGUGUUGUUGAAUUUUUAAGUAAAGGAGCAAUAUCAAAAGAUCAUCCAGAUUUGAAAAGUUUUAGAGAGGAAAGCUGUCUAAGUUGUUUAUCAUCAGAUUUGAAGGAUCAAAGAAAUUUUACUCAUUCACUACGUCUUGAUAGCGCUGUUGAUACUGCACAGAUUCCGUACACCAACUAUACGCUUGACUUUAAAGGAACGAUAGAUUAUAUAUUUGCAACACCGCAGUCUUUGGCACGUCUUGGUACUCUUGGCCCACUUGAUUCCACUUGGGUUCAACAGAACAAGUUUGUUGGUUUUCCUCAACCACAUGUGCCUAGCGACCACAUUCCAAUAAUGGCACAAUAUGCAGUUAUUCCGGCAUCACACCAAAGAUCUCUGCCGCCUAUACAGCACUAUGGAUCGUCACAUUCGGGAGGGUUUGGUGCUAUUGGAAGAUGA